CGUCAGAGAGGCAUUCAGCGACCGGUCUUCACACAGAGGAAGAACGACAGAAACAAAGAUGGAACGACUCAAUUUACUCGUCUGUCUCGGGUUGUUUUUUGUGACUUCAGCUGUGACCCAAGUAGCGAUCGACCCCAGAGGAGCCCGUCCGGUGGAGCAGGGCACCAGAGGCGAUAAAUGCACCACUCAGAGGGAGUGGCCUUUCUGCACAGACGAUGAUUGGAACCUUAAAUGCCCGUCGGGCUGCAGGAUUCAGGGUCUGAUGGACAAAUACGACCACAGCCUGCUGAAGAAGAUUGAGAAGAUUCGCAGCCUCCUGGACCAGAACAGGGCCAAGCACCGCUCCACCGACGUGGUGUCCAAACAGACCUACGACUACCUGAAGGAAAAGCUCAUCGUCGACGCUGGUAGUGACAACAGCUACUACGACUUGGCCCAGAGUCUGCGCCAGAGAAUCACAGACAUGAAGAUCAAGAUCGACAGACAGCUGAGGAUCCUGGGUGCCCUGAAGGAUCGAAUCAAAGACCAGGUCGUCGAGAUGCAGAGGCUGGAGGUGGAUGUCGAUAUUAAGCUUCGUUCCUGCAAAGGAUCCUGCAAAGGCUACUCUGAGUACCAGGUGGACCAGGAGGACUACGUGGCCCUGAACAAACAGAUUAGCCAGCUGGACUCCCAGUCGGCUCAGAACAUCGAGUCUGUGGGGACGCUCUACGUGAUGAAGAGCAGGCCGCUGCAGGACGUCAAUGUGGACAGCAUCUACAAAUCCAAGGACGUGGCAGGACAGCAGAGAGAGGACAUGUUCCCUGAGGUAAAUACGGUUGCAUUGAUCCUAGAGAGGGAAGGCUCCAGCUCAUCCCCGGCAACCAUUUCCAAGGUCCCAGGUACUUCCUAUUCUUCGUCUACACCCCCACCAUUGUCCUCUUCAGGUUCCUCCUCCUCUUUCUCGUCCUCCUCCUCUUCCACGUCAUCGAAAUCCAUCACCGAGUUGGGAGGCAACGGUGAUUUCUUCGGCACGGGUGGAGGGUUUGAAGGUUUCAGCCAGCCGAGCACGAGCCACGUGUCAACUCAAAGCGUAACCUGCACCAAAAGCACCAGGAGGGUCAUCGUCCACACAAAGGAAGGGCCGGUGGAAAGAGUGGAGGAGGUGAUAGGAGGAGGCCCCGAGUGCCAGAGAAUGGCAGACCUCACUAAGGGAGGGAUGAGCUCCUUGUUUCCUUCUCUCACCCACACAUCAUCCUCCUCUUCCUCCUCUUCUUCUUCUGUGUCCCACGUCGGUGGCGCCAAGGGAAGCCUCUUAGGGGAUACCAAAACUGGAUUUGGGAAUCCAUUCGGCGAUGACCUCGGCGGUUUCUUGACAGAUGCCACGGAGGACGACCUUCCCGAUUUCCACGCCCGGAGUGUGAAGACCGUGCGCGUUGAGAGGCAGGCCGAUUAUAUAGGAAAAGAUUGUGUCGCAGCCUUCCAGAACCACCUGAACGGGGAAACAAACGGCCUGUUUAAGAUCAGACCUGGCGGCGCGGACUCAGCAAAGGUAGUGGAAGUUUACUGCCAGCAGGAGGGGCUAAUGGGUGGGUGGUUGUUAGUCCAGCAAAGAGAGAGCGGUGCGCUCAGCUUCAACCGCACCUGGGCCGAGUAUCGCGGUGGGUUCGGGUCAGUCGACGCAAAGGGCAAGGGGGACUUUUGGCUAGGCAACCAGAACCUCCACCUGUUGACUAAUCAGGGUGAGAUCAUACUAAAGGUGGAGCUGGAGGAUUGGGAAGGGGGCGUAGCCGGAGCCGAGUACACGAUCAGGGUCGGCUCGGAGGAUGAGGGGUACCCGCUGCAUGUGUCGGGGUACACCGGGGACGCAGGGGACGCUCUGGUGAUGCCCCAGUCGAAUAUGGCGUCUUAUCUGUCCCACAACGGGAUGAAAUUCAGUACCUUCGACCGAGACAACGACAAGUGGGAGGAGAACUGUGCAGAGAUGUAUGGGGGCGGGUGGUGGUACAACAACUGCCAGUCAGCUAACCUGAACGGGAUUUAUUACAAAGGCACAUACAACCCGGAAAAUAACACGCCGUACGAGAUUGAGAACGGAGUCGUUUGGGUGACGUAUAAAACGGCCACUUACAGUCUGAAAACCGUUAGGAUGUUAAUUCGAUCCACUGCUUUUUAAAAGGAAAAAAUGAUCAAAUAACGUAAAAUAUACACGGAUUUAUGAACUUAAACCCAAAGAGAGUUCGGCGACAAGCACAAAGAGCAUAACAUGUGAUGGUUGAACCUGCAGAUAAAUAUUUGAGGCCAAAAAAAUUUAAGUUUCAGACCUUUAGACUGUUCGUAAAUCAUUCUGAUAUUUCAAAAUCGUGUCAUGGGUGUUUGUGUUCUGUUCUUCUUUGUGUAAAUGUCAUUGACCUGUUUGUUCGGUUCAUCUGACCAGUGUUCCUGGAACGACCUGACGUUUCCACACUGUUGACUGAACUCUGCUCGAUCAAUAAAGAUUCAAUGUUCACUUCAGCUACUGUGGUUUGUGC